GUUCCUCAUUUGAAGCCACAAAAAGGUAAAUUGCGUUUUGGUCGCUAUAUGACUCAUGAAUGAGGGUUUCCUCUUGUAGUCCAGUCCUCCCCUCCCUGCAUCUCAGUUCUCUCUGAGGACUUCAGCCCUCCUGACGGAAUAUGUGACAGCAAACUUUUUUCUUUUUUUUUUUCCUCCUCUCUCUUCAUUUGUGUCACCAUGUUGCGGGUCAUUGUCGAGUCUGCGAGUGGGAUCCCUAAAAAGAAAAUUGGAAACCCAGAUCCAAUUACUACUGUUCUCUUCAGAGGUGAAAAGAAGAAAACCAAAGCAAUUAACAAUGAGUUGAAUCCAGUUUGGAAUGAAGUACUUGAGUUUGACCUGAAAGGCUCUCCUCUGGAUGCGUCUUCAUACAUCGAUGUGAUUGUGAAGGACUAUGAAACACUUGGGAAACAUAAGUUUAUUGGCUCUGCAAAAAUUUCACUGAGGGAGUUGGCCAGCGGUCAAGUGAGGUCCCUGCCAUCUAAAAAUGUGCCUUUGGUCACUGAGAAGCAGCAAAGUGUCGGGGCAACCAUUAAUUUGGUCAUUGGAUAUGAGUCACCAGCUAAUGCCAACCUAAGUGAUCAAACUAAUGCAGAUGCCUCAUCAAACAUGGAAGCUGGAGAUAAUGAGGAUGAGGAUGAGGGAGAAGAGGUCAUGGAGAUAGCCGGUCAGGUUGGAAGUUCAGGAAUACCUCCUUCAACAAACCAGCCUGGAAAGCCGAGCCAUAAGUCGCACCGUUUCAGCAGAAAUAGACGCAAAAUUCUGGCCAACAAACCUCAAGACUUCCAGAUUCGUAUCCGUGUUAUCGAGGGUCGUCAGCUGCCGGGGAACAACAUAAAGCCAGUGGUGAAAGUGAAUGUUUGCGGACAGACCCACAGGACCAGAAUCAGGAGAGGAAACAACCCGUUCUUCGAUGAGAUGUUUUUCUACAACGUUAACAUGCUGCCUUCAGAGCUUUUUGAUGAGAGCAUCAGUCUUAGGGUUUAUGACUCCUUCUCCCUCAGAGCAGACAGUCUAAUGGGAGAGUUCAAGUUGGAUGUUGGCUACAUCUACAAUGAACCUGGUCAUUCCAUAAUGAGAAAAUGGCUCCUCCUGAGUGAUCCGGAUGACUCCAGCACAGGGGCCAGAGGAUACCUGAAAGUCAGCAUUAUUAUUGUGGGCACUGGAGAUGAGCCACCGAGUGAAAAGAGAGAGCCAAACGAGGAACAGGAUGACAUAGAGAGUAACCUUUUGGUGCCAGCUGGUGUCACGAUGCGAUGGGCCACUCUGAGCCUUAAAGUGUAUCGUGCAGAGGAUAUGCCACAGAUGGACGAUGCCUUUGUUCAGACGGUGAAGCAAGUAUUCGGAGGGGAUGGGGAUAAGAAAAACUUGGUUGAUCCAUAUUUAGAAGUUAGCUUUGCUGGAAAGAAGCUUUGCACCAAAAUAAUCGAGAAGAACGCCAAUCCAGAGUGGAACCAAGUCAUCAGUCUGCAAGUCAAAUUUCCAUCCAUGUGUGAGCGCAUCAAGCUGACCAUGUAUGACUGGGAUCGUCUAAGCAAGGAUGACGCUAUAGGAACAACAUUUUUGAAUUUGAGCAAAAUGUCUUACUCCGGUGGGGAGAUUGAAGAUGCCAGGACAGAAACUUCCAACACAAUCUCUGAAUUGAGCUCCUCGGCAUCAGAGGGGGGAUUUCUCCCAGCUUUUGGACCCUGCUAUGUAAACCUGUACGGAAGCCCAAGAGAGUUCACUGGCCUGCCUGAUCCUUAUGAAGAGCUGAACUUUGGGAAUGGCGAAGGAGUUGCCUAUAGGGGGAGGGUCCUUAUUGAACUCUCCACUCAGUUGGAUGGAAAAGCUGAUAAGAAUGUGGAUGACAUCUGCAGUGAUGACAUCCUGGUGGCACAGAAAUACCAGCGCAGGAGGAAGUACUCCCUCUGUGCUGUCUUCCACAGUGCGUGCAUGCUCCAAGAGCCGGGUGAGCCCAUCCAGUUUGAGGUCAGCAUGGGAAACUAUGGCAACAAGCUGGAUUCCACCUGCAAGCCCCUGGCGUCCACCACCCAGUACAGUUUUGCUGUGUUUGAUGGUAAUCACUACUAUUACCUGCCCUGGGCGGACACAAAGCCAGUCGUCAUUCUCACGUCGUUUUGGGAGGACAUCAGCCACCGCCUGGACUCUGUCAAUGUUCUCCUCUUUAUUGCUGACCGACUGGAGUCCCAUCUUACUUCUCUGAAGAAAGAAAUCCAGGCCAAAGUGUCUGAGGCACACCUGACCGAGGCUCUGCUCAGACUCAUCAACCAUUUAAUUCAGGAUGUGAACAACUUCCAGCUUCCAACACUGGAAGGUCAGCCCAACAUCACAGCCCUGGACCUCCAAAUAAAAAGUCUACGUGAGGCUGCUUUAGCCGGCGUCAGAGAGGCGGCCUGUCAGAUGGGAGAAGAGGCCCUGGAUGUCAAGUCAGCUGUUGGAGACAUUGAAGAGUGGUUGGACAGAAUCAAGCUGCUUGCAGAUGAGGCUCAGAACAGCAUGCCCGAUGUGAUCAUAUGGAUGCUGAGGGGAGAGAAGAGAGUGGCCUAUGCCCGAGUCCCAGUCCACCAGAUCCUGUACUCUAACUACACUGAGCAGGCUUGUGGCAAACACUGUGGAAAGACUCAGACCAUCUUUAUGCAGUAUCCCAUGGACAAAAACAAAGGGGUGAAGAUCCCCGUUCAGCUGCGCAUCAACAUGUGGCUGGGCCUCUCCGCUCACGAGAAGAAAUUCAACAGCUUCUCAGAGGGAAACUUCAGUGUGUACGCUGAAAUGUAUGAGAACCAGGCUCAGGUGUUUGGGAAGUGGGGAACCACCGGCCUGGUGGGUCGCCACAAGUUCUCAGACGUGACUGGAAAAGUAAAACUUAAACAAGAGCGCUUCCUGCCUCCACGAGGAUGGGAAUGGGAGGGGGACUGGUUUGUUGACCUAGAGCGAAGCCUGCUGACAGAAGCCGACGCCGGGCACACAGAGUUCACAGAUGAAGUUUUCCACAACGAAACACGGUUUCCAGGAGGAGAGUGGAAACCUGCCGCGGAGCCUUACACAGACGUGAAUGGAGAAAAGGCUCAGAGCCCCGGAGAGUUUGAAUGUCCUCCCGGUUGGAGCUGGGAGGAUGACUGGAGCUUCGACAGCGACCGCGCUGUUGAUGAGAAAGGUUGGGAAUAUGGAGUGACAAUACCUCCUGAUGACAAGCCCAAAUCAUGGGUUGCAGCAGAGAAGAUGUACCACAACCACCGCAGGAGGAGGCUGAGGCGAAAAAGAAGGAAGAUCUCAGAUAAAGUUGCUGCAGCCGAGAAAAGAGAGCCUGGGGAAGGCUGGGAAUACUCUUCUCUGAUUGGCUGGAAGUUUCAUAGAAAAGAGCGCUCCUCUGACACAUUUCGACGCCGGCACUGGAGGAGAAAGAUGGUUCCUUCGGACCGCAUUGGAGCCUCCGCCAUCUUUAAACUCGAGGGAGGACUAGGGGUUGAUGUUGAGGAAAAGGCCAGUAAAACGGAUGCAGCCAAACCAUUUGGUGCCAACACGCCCACCGUUUCCUGCCACUUUAGCCGUUCUUACCAUUACCACCUCAGGGUGUACGUUUACCAAGGGAGAAAUCUCUGUGCAAUGGACAAGGACAGUUUCUCAGAUCCCUACGCUCAUGUGUCAUUUCUGCAUGUGAGCAAGACUACAGAAGUCAUAAGAACCACGCUGAACCCCACAUGGGACCAGACUCUUAUCUUUGAUGACAUUGAACUCUUUGGAGACCCACAGACAAUAGCCCGCAACCCGCCAGAUGUGGUCUUCGAGCUGUACGACAGCGAUCAAGUGGGGAAGGAUGAACCAAUGGGUCACUGCAUGUGCCCUCCUGUGGUAAAACUCCCAAGUAAAAGCCCCAGUGUGCCUGCCAGUUUGAAACUGCAGUGGUUUCCAGUCACCAAAAAAGGCUGCAGUGCUGGAGAGGUGCUUGUCGCUGCUGAGCUUAUACUAAAGGAGAAGGGCGAUGAUAGAGAUCUGCCUCUAGUGCCUCCGCGGCGGGGGGAGACGCUCUACAUGGUUCCUCAGGGAAUCAGGCCAGUGGUUCAGCUUACUGCGAUCGAGGUUCUGACUUGGGGCUUGAGGAACAUGAAGACCUUCCAACUGGCCACAGUGUCCUCCCCCAGUCUCAUAGUGGAAUGCGGAGGGGAGAUGGUUCAAACGGCUGUCAUCAGAAACUUCAAAAAGCACCCAAACUUUCCCGCAUCUGUGCUGCUGCUCAAAGUGCUCCUGCCUAAAGAAGAGGUGUACGCCCCUCCCAUUGUACUGAAAGUCAUUGACCACAGACCAUUUGGCAGAAAACCGGUGGUGGGUCAGUGCACCAUUGACUGUCUGGAGGAGUUUCGUUGCAAUCCAUACAACCCUAACAGUGACGCCUGCAUGUCAGCCCGAGUGACCAUGAUAACUACUGCCCAAGGAGAUACUAUCAUAGACAUUGAGGAGGGAUUCAUUUUAAAAACGCAGGAGGAGGAGGCAGUAGACUGGUGGAGUAAGUUCUAUGCCUCAAUUGGAGACCAUGAAAAAUGCGGACCUUAUCUAAAGCUGGGAUAUGACAAGCUACAGGUUUACAACACUGAAUUAGAGGAGGUCCAAGAGUUUCAGGGGCUGACUGAUUUCUGCAGCACUUUCAAGCUUUAUCGGGGAAAGACGGAAGAUGAGGAGGAAGAUCCCUCCGUGGUGGGGGAGUUUAAGGGUUCCUUCAGGAUUUACUCUCUGUCUGAUGACCCAGGGGAGCCUGCUCCGCCUCUCCAGUUCAGAGAGCGUCCUGAGCUCGGACCGCAGGAGUGCCUGGUCAGAAUAUAUGUGGUGCGCGGCAUUGACCUGCAACCAAAGGAUACAAAUGGCCUGUGUGACCCGUACAUCAAGAUCACACUUGGGAGGAAAACACUUGAUGACAGAGAUAACUACAGACCAAACACCCUGAAUCCAGAGUUUGGAAGGAUGUUUGAGCUGUCCUGCUUCCUGCCACUGGAAAAGGAUCUGAAAAUCGCCGUGUUUGACUUUGACUUACUGAGCAGAGAUGAGAAAGUCGGUGAGACGAUCAUUGACUUGGAGAACAGGUUCCUAUCUUGUUUCAGGGCCUGCUGUGGGCUGCCACAGACAUACUGCGUGUCUGGAGUGAAUCAGUGGAGAGAUCAAUUGAGACCUUCCCAGAUCCUCCAAAAUGUGGCCAAAGAAAAAGGUUUUUCUCCUCCACGCAUAGACGAAAAUGGAAGCUCGCUGUCCUUCGCUGGAAUGCUAUACCAUCUGCAAGACUUUGAGGCAAACACUGUGAUCCACCAACACUUGGGACCAGCCAGAGAGCGACUGGCCCUGCAUGUCCUCAGAAACCAGGGAAUGGUACCGGAACAUGUGGAGACCAGAACCCUGCACAGUUCUCACCAACCAAAUCUGCCCCAAGGACGGAUUCAAAUGUGGGUCGAUAUCUUCCCCAAGAGUCAGGGCCUGCCUGGACCCCCAUGUGUCAUUACUCCUCGCAAAGCCAAAAAAUACUUCCUCCGAGCCAUUGUUUGGAACACGACCGACGUCACGCUGGAUGAGACAAGUAUCACUGGAGAAAACAUGAGUGAUAUCUAUGUUAAGGGAUGGAUGCCUGGAAUGGAAGAGGACAAGCAGAAGACUGACGUCCAUUACCGAUCACUGGAUGGAGAUGGAAAUUUCAACUGGAGGUUCAUCUUUGGCUUUGAGUAUCUGCCUGCGGAGCAGCUGUGUGUUGCCUCGAGGAAGGAACAUUUUUGGAACCUGGACAAAACCGAGCAAAGAUUCCCUCCUAAACUAAUCCUCCAGAUAUGGGACAAUGACAAAUUCUCACUUGAUGACUACUUAGGUUCAGUUGAACUUGACCUGCUCAAAUUGAUACCCCCCGCCAAGACGCCAGAAAAGUGCAACUUGAAGAUGUUGUCAGGAAAGAUGGGACCUGUGACAUCCUCUCUUUUCUCCCAGAAGUCUGUGCGGGGCUGGUGGCCAUGUGCAAUUGAGAAAGAUGGGAAACAAGUGCUUGGUGGUAAAGUGGAGAUGACUCUAGAAAUCGUGGAAGAAAAAGAAAUGGAGGAAAGACCUGCUGGAAAAGGGAGAGACGAGCCAAACAUGAAUCCAAAAUUGGAACCACCCAACCGCCCCGAUACAUCGUUUUUCUGGUUUACAAAUCCUUGUAAGACCAUGAAGUUUAUUGUAUGGCGCAGAUUCAAGUGGAUUUUCCUUGGAUUGAUUCUCCUUCUGCUGGUUCUCCUGUUCCUCGGGGUCUUGUUCUAUUCCCUUCCUAAUUACAUCUCGAUGAAGAUCGUGAAGCCCUUUUCUUGAAAAAAUAAGGAAAAGGAAUACAUUUCUGCUGCAAAGCCUACAGUCCUGCUCAGUUAUUCAUACUAGCUUACAUAAAAAUGCAUUUUCAUAUUACAGGUAUCCAUUUCCCUUCUCAAAGUGAUGCAAAAUGUUAUAUAUAAGUUGAAUUGAUAAUAACGUGGAAUUCUUUUUCGAUUUGUUUUAUAUACCGGUAUGCAUUUUUAUAUGAUUUUAAAAUUCUUAAUGUUGGAUGAGUUUUCUAUCAUUAAACUUCAAUAAAUUACACACAUUAACAAAGA